GUUCAUUGUGUAAAAACUGACAGCGCGUAUAAUCGUCUUUUCGAAAUAAUCUCACCAUAAAUCUGUUUUAAAAAUGUCUGCCGUCGUGAAAAUCGAGACCGACGCCGAUCUGCCCGUCGCACUGACCAACGCCGGCAACAAAUUAGUGAUCAUUGAUUUCUUCGCCACCUGGUGUGGACCCUGCAUAGGCAUCAAACCAAAGUUCAAAGAACUCUCCCUAAAAUACAACAAUGCCACUUUCAUUGAGAUUGAUGUCGAUAUGUGUCAGGAUACAGCUGUCUCAUAUGGGGUGGCCGCCAUGCCGACAUUUGUAUUCAUCAGAAACUCAGUGAAGCUCGACCAGAUGAAGGGGGCCGACCCAAGAACUUUAGAGGAGAAGAUUAUAAAAUACUACAGUGAAGAUGGCGAUGGGGAUGAUACAGGGGUCAAGGGUCAGAUGGACUUGAUGGUGUUCUUGGACCCAAACGGUUGCGAGUGUCUGAACGAGUCGGAUGAUCACAAAUUAGAGGGAGCCUUCAAGUUGGAUGAUAGGUAUCUCGAGUCGGAUUGUGAUGAACAGCUGUUGAUCUCAGUGGCGUUCAAUCAAACAGUAAAAAUUCAUUCUCUCAAGAUGUUUGGACCACCCGAUAAUGGUCCGAAAUUAGUGAAAAUCUUCAUAAACCAGCCAAAGACUUUGAGUUUUGAUGCUGCCGAGGGAAUGGAGCCUGUGCAGAUGCUGACAUUGACAGAAGAUGACAUCAAGGCAGGUUCAGUCAUACCUCUGAAGUUUGUCAAGUUCCAAAAUGUCUCCAACAUAACUUUAUUUGUGCAGACCAAUCAGAAAGACAAAGACACAACGAGAAUUGAUUACCUAAGUUUCAUUGGUAGCCUGCAUGCAGGGGCCAAUAUGGCAGACUUCAAGAGGGUGUCAGGAAAGAAAGGGGAGAGUCAUUAGUUCUCUUCCUUGCCUCUCUCUUUUACCAUCAGUAUCUCUCUCUUUUUUAUUUACUUCUCUCUCUCGCCCUCUCUCUCUCUCUCUCUCUCUCUCUUUUUCUUUCUAACUUUCUCUCUCUCUUUUCCUUUUCUCCCUUUCGCGUUUUUUUUAAUUUAUUUAUUUAUAUAUUAAUUUAUUAUUCUUUAUUUAAUACUUCUACUCCCUCUCCUCUCUCCUCUCUCUCUCUUUCUUUCUCCCUCUCUCUCCUGUGUGUGUUAAUUACAUUUGUAAUGAUAUAGUGGUUAUUACUUAUUGACAUUUGGGUUCUGAAAUAAUGAUUUUUAUUACGAUGAUGAUGAUUAAUAUUUUUAUUAUUAUUGUUAUUGUGUUGCACGUGACUCAUUGUUAUUAUUGUUGUUGUUGUUAUCAUUAUGCAUCUCAUUAUCUUAAUUUACACUUCUCUAAGCGGUUCUGCUUCCUUUCAGUUAAACAGUUUCAAAAAAUGAAUAAUGGUGAUAUUAUUAUUUCUAUUAUUAUUU